UUCAAAUGAGAAAUUGUUACGCAUUGCGAGAAUAAGUCUUGUGAACAAAAGGUCUCUCUGUGGAAAAAAGUGAAUAUUUACUCAGCUGUGUCAACAACGACGUCACUGUGACCACGACGGAGAAUAUAUGUGAUAAGAUAGGGAGGGUGGAGGUCACAUGACGAGUAAUACACCUGCCGGGAAAAGUAUGCUUUAUUCCAAACGCGAAAAGAAAAACGAUUUAUUAAUGCUGGAUGCUGCGGAUUAUAUUAAUCCGGAAUUACCUGAAAGCAACAGCCAAGAAUGUGAGGAGGAGGAAAGCUUUUUUGUUUUUAACUGCUUUACAUUUUCCUUUUUUGAUUUGAUUGAAUCCAGGAGAAAAUUUAUUUUUCGUGUGCUCUUUGAAAUAAAUUGCAAAAAAUAUUCAUCUUUAAUAAUAAUAAUUUCCCAUAUACCAGAAGAAAACGAUUUGGCUUUUUUUUCACUAUUGAUACUGGAAAUCGUCUGAUACUGGAAAUGUAUCGCUUUUCUCCUAUUUUCAAAAUAGAAAUAUAAAAUAUAUAUAUGGAUUCAUCAGACAAAUACUUCUUUAAGAAAACAGAUGACUUAUAGAAGAAAUAAAUAGUGUGAUUUAACUGACAGAGGAAUUUUUGGAAAAAUUCUGAUGCUUUCGAAGUAUUUUCCCUCUCUAGAAUCCAAUUCUUUAGAAUUAUCAGAUUUUGAAACAUCGCAGGUAAGAACUUCCGAUGAAUUGUUAAAACUUGGUACUCCAGAAGUCGAAUCACUCCAAGAAAAUAACAGAACUUUAUUAGCGAAAAUUAGUCAUUUUAAUGAUGCGAGUUCUAACGAAACUAUAUUUACUUCCGAAAUCACGAAGCCACCGCCAACGUUCACACCUUACGCUAUAGCCAUCAUCUUUGGCGUGUUUCUGAUCAUCAUGGCGUCAGUUUUUAUUUAUUAUUUAUGUCGUUGCAUGGCACGCAGAAAGAAGCGAGAGAACCAACUAGCCGAAAUAACGCCGAAAUCACCAGAUCCGAGAAUGGUCGGAAUUAAAGCGAAUCAACCAAUCCAGUUUGUGGUGCCGACGACUAUACUCGUCGAGAACACUGAAGACUCUAUUUCUGAAACAGAUUAUUCGUCUAGCGGUGCUUUACCCAUCGUUCUAGGUGAAAGAAGAAAGUCCAAGUACCAUAUAAAUCCCGAUGAUUUGCAACAUGGAUUGUACGAGGGAGUGAAAGCAGCGACAGAAAAAGGAAGUUUUCUCGGUGAUUUGGGUAAAGUGGGUUUCUCGUUUUGUUACAACUCUCUGCGUAACCAACUGAUGGUGAAACUCAUCGGCGCCAAAGACUUACCGUGUCAUUUUUUAAAGACAACAGCGAAUCCGUGCGCUAAAAUGGUGUUACUGCCAGAGAGGACUACAAAAUACAUGUCCAAAAUACAACGGAACACUAUAAAUCCCAUCUUUAACGAAACAUUUGCCUUCAAUGUCAGGCAAGACGAUCUUGCUGAGAAAAAAGUGAAAAUAUCCGUUUAUGAUUAUGAUAAAUUUUCUCGUAAGUGUCUGAUUGGACAAGUGGUUUAUUCCAUUCAAGAUUCGACGAUUAAAUCAAUGAUCACGGAUACAUGGACUGGAGAAUUAUGGGUGGAUUUAAAGCCCGAAUCAUCUUCUACGCAUUCUGGUGUUGGAGAAUUGCUGUUUUCGUUAUGCUAUGAUGCGCCUAACCUAACCCUAACCAUACUGAAAGCAAGAGGACUCAACAUGAGACAAGAUGGAGGAAAAGAUACAUGUGUGUUUGCCAAGGUGACACUCUAUGUUCGAAGGAAAUUGGUUCGCACCAAGAAAACUCCAGUGAGACCGAAAACUCCUCAAGUCGAAUUCAAUAGUAGUUUCGAUAUUCACGUUCCAUCAUCAUCUCUGGGGGAAGUAGAUUUUCUGGUCAUUCUUUGUCAAAAGACAUCGGGACUAGGUAGCAGGAGAAUAAUUGGAAGAACACAAGUAGGAGCAAACUGUUUAAAUGAUCAAGGGUUACAACAUUGGCAGGACAUGCUAAUGAGUCCUAAAAGCACCUGCGCUCAAUGGCACCUUUUGAGUACAUGACUCGGUGGGUGGUCCUUCUUUGUAUAAAAGCAUUUCUCCUUUUAAUGUAUUCUCAUUUCAAUAAAUAUAUGUAUUUUUUUGAA